AUGAGUGGUUUACUGCUGUUCAUUAAGGUCGGGGGAAGUUCCAAGUCUUUGGAAAGUACCUGAACUUUCCUGACGCGGGUGUAGGUGAAAAGACACAAACAUUGAGAGUGAAAAUUUGAAACAACACUCUUGUGGACAACAUGGAAAGGCAAAUGAGGCCUGGAAGUUAUGACAUGAGGGGAGAACGCAGAGCUUUAUUGCUAUGUGUCCGGGACAAGGAGAAGAUGAAGGAAAACCGGUGCGGUAUUGAAGUCGACCGUCAAACAAUGGAGAAGUUCUUUAAGCGGUUUGGUUUCCAGUAUCACAUUGUACUCGACAAAACAGCUCAGGAAAUGAAGCAGGAGGUGAUAGACUUCAGAAACGGCAUCAACAGCAGCAGUGGAGACAUCAGCUGUGUGUUUGUGGUGACUUCGUCUCACGGACAUCGGGAUGUCAUCAUAGGUGCAGAUAAAAAGAGGCUGCCAGUAAAAGAUAUAAUCGAACCGUUUGGAGACGAGCUGUGUCGCAAGAUGAAGGGGAAACCUAAGAUCUUCAUCAUGGAUGCCUGCAGGGGGAGCAACCGUGAUACUGGAGUUAUAUUUGAUUCUGCUGCUGAUGAAAAACUAUCAAAGGAAGCCAUGGCUAUAAAAGAGUACCGGUCCGCUCGAGUGCCACCAUGCAUCAACGACAUGCUGGUUGCUUAUGCAGCCAUGACAGAUUAUGUGGGCGUGAUGGACAGCACCUCUGGUUCACACAUGAUUUACAACAUUAGUCAAGUGUUUUCCUCACCUGAUGCAGCAGGAGAACAUCUCUAUAACUUGUUUGUGAAGGCCAAUGCAAAGAUGGUGGCAAACACCGUAGAUGUCACAGUCGAUGAAGGGAAGCCGACUCAAAGAAGGGAACGCCGUAAAAUAAUUAUGACAAUGGAAUCCACCCUCAGGAAAACCCUUUACUUGGGAAGUCCAAACUAAACUGGUGCUAAGACAAUUGACAGCACAGAAGGUAGAAAGUAGAUUCAGCAUUAUUAGUACAUAUUAUUUCCUUGCUCAAUUUUUUUCAAAUGUCUGCAAGGUCUUCCCACUGUAUAAUCGGUCUAUUCCUCUAUUCUUUUACAUUUUUAAGAAAUUCUUAAACCAGUGGUCACCAACCUUUUCUGAGUCAAGAUCACUUUUUGAGUCAAAAUGCUCUACCGCUCAGAUUUUUAAAAUACAUUACUUUAAAAAAUGUAAGUCUAUGCAACAUUAAGCAAUUAAAACCAGUUCUGUAGCAAUGAGGUUUGUGCAGUAAGCUAUAUGCCCAAUACAUGAUCACCACAUACUGGGACACAUUCUUCAUGCACUGCAUUCUUUCUGUCUCAUGCACCAAUUAAUGUUGUUACUCCUAUGACCAGAGGAAGUAAAAUAUUCCUCGAUAUUAAAAAAAAGACACAAGCCGCUACUGAUAACAACGCAAGCUUAUCAAAACACUUUCCCAUACUCAUUCACUACAGCU